AAGAAUCUCAGAAUACACGUCUCAGUGAAUUAAUACAAAUGUGAGAAAACAUGAGUGACAAUAUAAAAGUAGUUGUCAAAGUGAGACCUCUAAUUUCUCGCGAAGUUGAGGAGAAACAAUCUUAUCAAUGGCGCGUAAAAAACGAUACAUUAUACCAGCUCGAUCAGACAGGAAGAGAUUGUGGACCAUCAUUCACUUUUGAUCAAGUUUAUGACAAGGAAAGUAAAACCACUGAUGUUUACAAUGACAUUGCAAAACCAAUUGUGGAGGCAGCGACGGCGGGCUUUAAUGGCACUAUUUUUGCAUAUGGACAAACAUCCUCCGGGAAGACAUAUACUAUGACGGGCACAGAAACAUCACCCGGAAUAAUUCCGCUUGCUGUAUAUAAUUUAUUUGAAAUAAUAAAAAAUAUCCCUAAUCGAGAUUUUUUAGUAAGAGUGUCAUACAUAGAAAUUUAUAAUGAAACAUUAAAAGAUCUUCUGAAUAUUGAAAAGAAAAAUAUAAAAGUUCAUGAAUCAUUUGAUGGCAUCAAAGUUGAUGUCACAGAGAAAGUUAGUACCUCACCUGAAGAGGUACUCAAGUACUUGAAAGAGGGUGAAUGUAAUAGACAAACUGGUGCAACCAACAUGAAUGAAGAGAGCAGCAGAUCACAUUCUAUUUUCCAAAUUAUAAUAGAAUCUCGUGACCACAUAGAAGGUGAAGACGAAGCAGGUUGCGUCAAUGUCUCAAAAUUAAAUCUAGUGGACCUAGCGGGCUCAGAGCGUGCUGGGCAGACUGGUGCCACUGGCAUCAGGUUCAAAGAAGGCACACACAUUAACAAGUCAUUAUCUACAUUAGCAUUAGUCAUCAAACAGUUGUCUGAAGAUCCUAAUAAACACGCCAAUUACCGUGACAGCAAGUUGACUCGAAUACUUCAAAAUUCUUUAGGAGGCAAUGCCAAGACUAGUAUCAUAUGUGCCAUAACUCCGGCUGCCAUUGACGAGACCAUCUCAACUCUACAAUUUGCAAAUCGAGCAAAAGCAAUAAAGAACAAGCCUGAAGUGAAUGCGGUGGCGACGAACGCUACGAUGAUACAGAGUCUCACUAAACAGCUGUCUAGGUUACAAUCUCAGUUGGAGAGCAAAAAGAACUUGGAGGUUAUGCUUGAAAGCAAAAAAAAUGUUGAGCAAGACAACCAGAACUUACAAAAACAAAUAGCAAAUCUGCAGCGAUUGAUAUUAAAUGGAUUCGGACAGAGGAGCAGCAUGGAUAUGAUGGGGGCGCGACGAAAAAAUAACCAACUCCGUAGAGUCACUAUAUCAACACUACAUGACGUUAAUGAGGACCCUGUCACUAUACCGAAAUUUUGUACUCCUGGUUUGAAGUACAAUCCAAUGUCGCUGCCGGGCGCUAUAGAUUUUGUACCUAUUCAGAAUGCCAGCAAGUUAUGCACCGUACCAGAGGAGACCACGCUUAUCACGCCCCCACCUCAGGAGAAGAAAGUCAACUUUGAAGAUAUCAUUGAAAUUGAUAGUGACGAUGACAACUCAAUCGAUGUACAACCCUGUUCCCCGUACCACAAAUGUUACGGUGAAACAAAAACUCCACCAUGUAUAUUGAGAAAGAAAGUAAAGAUAGCCGAAAAGGACCUAAAAGAUAUUGUUGAACUGACCGAAAGAGAAAAGAUGUACACUCCUAGUGUGAUAGAACUCAUAGAAAAACUUGAACAAAAUACAACAGUUAUAUCUAAACUUGAAGAUGAAAUCAUUUCACUGAAUAAGCAGAGCAAAGACAAGGAUCUGGAAAUUGACCAUUUGAGAAUAAAGGUCACCAAGUCUGAUGAAGAAAUUAAAAAAAUUGCAGCCGCCAAGUGUGAUAUAGAAGACCAGAAUAAAGCAUAUAUGACCAAAUUAACAGAUUUGGAAGUUAUUUAUGAAACCCUGAAAAAUAAAACAAAGAAAAGAGAAGAUGAACUAUUGUCACUACUGGAUGAACAAAAAAAUUUUAAACGAAGAGAAGACAUUGGUAAACUAUCAAGAACCAUUGAUAAAGAAGUUUCGCUUUUUAUGGAUAUGUCUAAAGAUAUAUCUCUUGUGAAUAGUGACAGUGAAAGCAGUAUACUAAACACAAAUGAUAAUGAAUCGUCGUCACAAAUAGAAAAUCUAGUUACGGACAUACAAUCCCAAUUGACUGCAAAAACCCAAGCAAUAUCAGAGUUAGAAGCCAAUUUAAUCGCACAAAAACAAAAAGUUGUUUCACUUGAUUCUACUUGCGAAAACCUUGAAGAAAUGAUCAGUAAUUUUAAAGAGAAACUUACAAAUGCUGAAAAUGAAAACUCUAUUCUUAAAUCUACAAUACAUACAUUAAAUUCUACUAUACAAAGUCAAAAAGAACAUUUAGAAGCAGCAACCAAUGACAUAGAUUCGUAUAAUUCGUUAGUUCAGGAAUUACAAAUCAAACUAAGUAAAAAGGACAUUGUGGAAAACAUUAAUAUUAAUGAUAGUAUUUUAGAUAAAAUGGUUGAAAAUGAGGAAAAGAUUAUUGCAAAUAACGAAAACAUGAAAAAUAUUAUUCAGUCUUUUAAAAUCGUUCUCGCCUCUCGAAAUGAUGAAAUAGCGACACUAAAAUCUACGCUUCCUGUAAAUUCUCAAUCUAAUACCAACCAAGAGGAAUUGCGAAUGGAGAUAAUAAGUUUGAACGAACAGAUUAAUAAAAACAUUGUAAAUAUUCAAAGUCUUACAUCUGAAAAGGAUGACUUAAUAAAAAUGAAACAUAAACUUACUGAUGAGUUACAUAAUCUCAAAGAUGAAAAUACUAAAUUAGAAGAAUUUAGCGUAGAAAAUACAGCUGAGCUUUCAUCAUUGAGGAUAAAUAAUGAGAAUUUAAAUAAACAAAUAGAGAACUUAUGUAAUAGAAUAUCUUUUUUAGAAAGUGAUCUAAAUGACAAAAAUGAUCUGAUUCUAUCAUUCCAAAAAAAUGAAGAACAAACACAUGAUAGUUUAAUAAAAGCUAAAACAGCAUUGAAAAAAAUACAGAAUAUUUCACAAAAAUUGACGUGUAACAUGGUGGAGAUACCAGAAGUAAUUGAUAACUUCGUUGAGAUUUUUAGUACACUGGCACAAAAUUUAGAUAUUUUGGAUACUUUGGUUACAGUACUAAUAUCUCAAAAAGAAACUGAAUCAAUAAACAAAGAACAAUUACGAAAAGAACUAGAUGAUUUAAAUGAAAAACAUAUUAAAGAUCUUGCAGUACUUCAAUCUCAAAUUCUUAUUUUAGGCAAUGACAGUAUGACGUUAGAAGAUCGACUACGGCAUAAAACAGAAGAACUUGAAAAAACUCUCAUAGAAUUAACUACAAGAAAUGAAAAAAUUGUAGAGUUGGAGAGAAAAAUCAAUAGUAUUUCAAAAGAUAAUGAAAAUCUUCAGAAUUGUAUUGCCUCUAAUAAUAGUUUGAUAUCUUCACUUAAAGAUAGUAUUAAUGCUUCUCAAUCUACUACGAAUACAUUACUCCAAGAAUGUGAACAGAAAAAUGAUAAUUAUAAGAAAGAAAUCAUAUUAAUAACAAAUACACUACAAGAAAAACAAGAAUAUUUUGACAAAACACUCCUGGAAAAAGAUUCAAUAAUAGUAAACUUAGAAACUCAAUUAAAAGAAUCAUUAAAUUCAAUUGAAGAAAGAUCUUUAGAAAUAAAAAAGAACUUACAUGUAAUAGAUGAGUCUGUUGAAGGGAAAAACCGAAUACUUAAUAACAUUUUACAAAAAGCUUUAAAUAUGACAGAGAAAUUAAACAUUAAAAUACAAUAUGACAAUAUUGACCAGUAUGAACAAAUCAUUUUUAUAUUUGAUAAAAUAAUUCAUCAUGCUGUACAUAUUAGUUCUCAAAGUAAUGAAAAGUAUGACAAUUUUGAACAACUUGUUAAUGAAGCUAAUAUAAAAAUUAGAAAUCUAAAAGAAGAGAAUCUUAAUUUUAUAAAGGAAUUAUCUCAUUUUGAAAUAAAAAACCAAGAAUUGCUCACUGAAGUAAAUAAAGUGCACUCAGAAAAUAUAUCUUUAAAAACUGAUUUAGAAAAGGCUACAAUAUUCUUAACCACACUUCAGGAAGAUGUAAACAUGAAAGUUGAUGUCAUUGAAAACAUGGAAUCUAAAUUAAAAUAUUGGAAAACGCGUUAUAUCACUCUCGAUUCAUCGACAAAAAAAGACAUUGAAGAUUUACAAAUAGAAAAUGAUCAAUUCACUGAUGGUGAUUUUACUUUUGAUGCUGAAACUGAUGCUAGAGAAAAUUGUAUUAGGAAAUCUAUAUUUAAUUUAAUGGAUAAUAUAGAAUCUAAAUCACCUCCUAGUCUUCUGACAAUUUGUUGUAAUAAAAUAAUAGAACAUAUACAACCAAUAGAAAAUGAAAUAACUCCUAAUAGUUCAGUGUCAGAGAUUGAAACAUCUAAUAAAGAAACACAAUGCAAUGAUUGCCAGUGCUCACGUUUAUUGUCUGAUUUGACAGAUGCUCGUGAAGAAAAUAUGAAACUUGUUUCUUUAAUAAAAGAGGUAAAAGCUGUAAAUUACAAUUUAGUAAGCGAACAUGAAGCAAUCCGUGAAGAAAUACAAUCACUUGUGCAACCAGCUUGUGAAUUGCAAAAGAAACUUAUUAAUCACAGAACAAAUCUUUCGACACUGACUGCAACUACCUAUGCAGAAAAUAAAUCACUUAAAUCACAAGUAAAAGUUCUUCAACAUCAUCAUAGUAGGUUCCAUAUGUUAUGUCAAAGAGACAUACCCGCAGUAAAAAAACAGUUAAUUGAACUUAUGUCAAUUUUAAAACGAAAUUCAUCGGCUACAGAUAAACACAAUGCCAGUUUCAAGAGAUAUUCUUUGCCAGAUAUGUCAAACAAUAAUUCUUUACUUUUGAAUUUCAAAACGAAUGAAACUACUCUGGAUAGCGAUCUUUUAAUGUUAGAUACUAAUAUUACACUUGCUACAUCAACUGAUAAUACUUUGUUGGGUGACCAUGAUCAAACAUGUUUAGAUUUAACUGUGUUUACUAACGAAGUAGCUUGUCAAACAAGUGAAAUCACACAGCCUGACGAUAUCAAUGUGCUAAAAACUAAAAUAUCGUCGAGCAAUGGAAAUAUUUACGAGGAAGUAACUUUGAACAGAGAUGUGUCAAAAAUGGAUUCACAGAGUAGUCCAAUUAAAUUUAUUAAUUGUGAAACUUCUGUCAUUGAUAAUAUGAACAAAACAUGUGAGGGUUGUGAACAGUACAAAAUAGAAAAUAUGGAAUAUGAAAUAAAACAAACCAAAUUGGAAGAAAAAAUUGAAAUACUGUUACAAGACUUGUCUAAUAUGAAUAAACAUAAAAUCAUUGUUGAAGAAAAGUUAAAUAAUCUUUCAUUAGAAGUUCCUUCAACGGAGGCAUUAGUACGAAAAUUUAAUAAUUUAGAGAAGGAGUAUAAUCUUAAGAUGAACGAGAUAGCUAAACUUUCCGAAACAUUAAAUAUGAAAAAUUUUAUGCUCAAGCAACUUCAAAAAGAAAAUGAUAGCUUAUCAACCCAGAUAAUGGAAAAUAUUACUGAGGCUGAUGACCUCAAUAAAGAAUUACAAAUAGUAAAAAAUACAAAUGUGGAAUUAACUGAUAAAUGUUCUGAAUUACAAUACUUGGUCGAUAAGAAUAAUAAAGUAAAUUAUGAAAAUUGUCCUCAAUGUGCCGAAAAAGAAAAUUUUAUCCAAUCUUUGAAUGUGAAUAAUGUAACACAAGUACAUUCAAAGCUGAACAGGAGUCUUAGUGAGUCUGACUCCUCAUCUAGAUAUAAUAAAAUUUGUACUUUACAAAAUGAACUACAUGCUAGUAGAGAAGAUUGUAAAGAACUAACAGAGGAUGUUACUACCAUUAAAAAACACUUGGACCGGAAUAAUUUAUCUAUGGAACAAAAUAUGGACUUGGAUGUUAGUAUUAGUGAUUCUAACUUCUUCACUUCAAAAGAUUUUGGAACUGUGGAUCAAUUACAUAAAUUAAACAUGCCAAAGAUACCAGAAGAAUGUUCAAAUGAUAUAUACAAUCACGAUAAAAAUGAAUGUAUACAUUAUUACUUAGAGGUUACUGGAGCAAUGAAGGAAGAUAUUAGAUGUGAUAUAAAAAUAUUUGAUUUAAUGAAAAUGCUUUAUAAUUACCUUAUUACAAAACAUAGCAAUGAUGUAGAAAACUUAGUUAAUAACAUAAAAAUUUAUGAAAAAUCUAAAAAGGAACUGGAAGUUCAUGUAGAAGAUUUAAAAACUGAGUGUUCUAAAAUAAGUAAAGAUUUCGAAACAAACAAUAUAAAGCUGAACGCUGUAACAGACACCAUAUCAUUGAUACAUAAGAACAUACAUUUAUUGCAAGAAGAAAUACCAAAAAUUACAGAAACCAAUAAGAACAACAAAGUAGUAACAUUAUUUAGGGAAAAUAUUUUGAAGGUACUUGAUAAAGAAUUCAAUUUGUCUAGUUUAAACAUUUUUGAAAUUGUAAUUGAUAAUAUUGUUGCCAAAAAUGAAAAUGAUUUAACUAGAAUAAUGAAUGAAUACACAAAAUCACAAGAACAUGUUAAAUCUAUCACCAAAGAGCUUAACAACAUUAAUGACAAUUUGUUGCAAAUGAAAAGUCAACUAUUGGACAAAGAAAAUGAAUACAAUUUACUUAAAUUACAAAAGGAAAAAGUUCAUGAAAUAAGUAAUGCUGUUACACUGGAUAUAAUAAAGAAAGAACAAGAACUAAAUGAUGUCAUUCGCAAUGGAUGGAAAAAGUUAGUCAAACAUAAUAUAAUAUGUAGCAGUGAUCUUAAUUUAUGUUCCACUUUAAAUAUUACAAACAUUUUUGACUAUUUAAUUGAACAAUGUAAAGGACAAAAUACAGAUUAUGGUACAGAGAGUGCACUGCAAGAACUUGAAGAAGUCAGAUUAACAUUAAUUUCCAAAAUGAAUGAAAAUGAGGCACUAAUUGCACAAAAUACGAAAUUACAUUCAAUCAACAAAAAUAUAAUGGAGGAUUUGACUGAAAAGGAAAAUAAUCUGAUUACUCAGAACAACUUAUAUGAAGAUUUGAACAACAUAUAUAAAAGCAAAAGUGAAGAAAAUGAAAUUAACUUGAAUUUGAUAGGUAAAUUGACAGACGAAAUAAAAUUACUAAAAGAGAGUAUUGUAAAUCAGCAGUGUUCUAUAGAAAAUGUUGAAAGUGAACUCAAACUGAAGAACCUGAACAAUUUAACUGAAAAAGAUAAUCAAAUUUUAGAACUAACAAACACAGUGUCCAUCCUGAGACAAGAAAUAAAUGAUAUGAAUACUGUAAACCAAAUUAUAAAAGAAGAGAAGGAUAAUUGUGCAUUAGAAUUGGCUAAGUCUAGCGAGAUCAUACAACAAAAUAAAAUAGAAUUGGAAAAAGUCACUUCUGAUAUUCUAAUACUACAAGAGUCUGUUAAAGAGAACGUAAACAUAAUUGAAACAUUGAAAAUGGAAGCGAAAUCUUUACUGCAACAAAAUAUCCAAUUGAAAGAGCUGUUUGAUGAGAAGUGCAAAGAUUGUUCGCGACUGGAAAUUAAUAUCAAAACCCAUGAGAAAACGGCACAAAUACAAAGCAAGAUGAUUAUAAGACUUCAAAAACAAAAGGAAAAUGAUGAUAUAGCAUUAAAUGAAAUCGGCAAACAACUGGAAGAUCUCACAAACAAAAAUGCAACUUUACAGCAAUCAUGUGAAAAUAUGCAAAGUAAUAUAAAAGCUUCCAGGGAUGAAAUUGAAAUUAUGAAAAACACUAAAGACGCAUUGCAGGCUCGCAUUACAGAGUUGGAGGCAGAAUUGGAGGCCAUCGAUCGCCAUACGCCCGUCGAGGGUACGCGUCGCCGGAGGCAAAGCAUGUAUGAUUCUAAACGACCGAUCUCCCAAAACAAAGAGUACCUCGAAGAUCAGAACAAGGCGGACACUGUAUUUGGGUCGCGCGCAAAGCCUGACGAUCUGUUUAUGGAUGUGGAUGAUGAUAGCUCCAAUAGAAGUACGCCUUUAAGACUUAGUAGAGGACGUGACAGCUUACUAUCAGCUCAUGAUCAGAGUUCAGAAGAUCAGAACGCGGCAAAACGACGGCAGCGGCGUCAGAGCUCGUACGACCUGCAUCGUACCGGCGCAGCCACUGAUACCACCAAGUCCAGUGACGCUUCCGACUUAAAAGCGCAGGAUACGUCAAGUAAAAAUGUAUCUAACAGUGAAUUAAGUAAAGUUAGAGAUCAAUUGGCAUCCUGCCAACGUGAGUUAGAAGAGUUGAAGCAAAGCUACAAAGAAUUGGACGAAGAGUGCGACACUUGUGCGGAGUAUCUGCGCGAGAGGGAGAGCCAGUGUACAAGGCUAAAGAAAGAGAAGGCUGCGUUAGAGACUGUAGUUAGUGAGUUGAGGGAAAAAUUAAAAUGUGUAAAUCCCAAUCAAACACUCCAAGACAGUGCCAAGAGUACAUGCGUCAAUGUUGCAGUGAACACAGAUGAAGAUUGGAGCAAUCUCCAUUCGGUGGUCGUGGACCGCAUGUCGUAUGACGCUGAGGUUGAAAAGAACAAACGAUUAACAAAGUCUAUUGAGGAACUGCGCUUUAAGAAACAAGAAUUAAAAAUGACGAUCGCCAAGAUGCAGAAGUAUAUAGAUAAACAUUCUGGCAAGGACAAUAGAGAGCUAGAAGCUACAAAACAAGAAUUGAGUGAAUACAAACGCGAGUUAGAGGAACUUCGAUUGAGGUGCAAGGAAUUAGACGAGGAGUGUGAGACUUGCGGCAUAUACCUAAAGGAAAAGGACGAACAGCUACGAAAAUUAAAAGAAACAAAGACAAUGUUAGAGGCGAAAUUGCAAGAGUUUGAAGAAGAUCACAGCAGUUUGUUGCAGUCUACUCGCAAGAAACGGCAGAGUUUACAUGACCAGAACCGCCAUUCUUCUAUAGCCGACGUUAAUGACGCCACCACGGAAACGAGUGACGAUUUUCUAAGUUAUCAAGUAGAGCGAGAUAACAGUACACGGCAGAGCGACGAUACACAAUCCCGAGAAUUAAAACGUCUGAAAAUGGCGGUGGACAGACUGACACAGCAGAAGGCCUCGUUGGAGCGGCAGCUGAGCUCGCUUGGUGUUGGUGCCACUCCUUCGCCCAUGUACAUCGCCACCGGCAGCGCUAUAGUGCAGAAUCAACAGCUAACCGACGUUAUGAAAGAGAAUCAGAAAUUGAAGAAAAUUAACGCAAAGUUAGUAAACAUUUGCAAGAAAAGAGGUAAGGAUUCGAACCGAGAAAAUGAAGACCCCACAGAGCAUGUGGGUUGACUAAAUACUGACGACACAUAUUGGAAUAAAAUAUUAUUAAAAUUGAAAUUAUUAACAAUUUUAGUUGAUUGUUACUAAAAUUAUUGUGAAGCUGGACUUAAUAAUUUGGUUAUAAACAUUGAAGAGCAUGUAAAUUAUAAAAUUAUAUUAUAAUUUUAAUGAUAAUUAAUGAACAAUGAAAAUAACACUUGAAUAAUACAAAAAUAUAAACAUUAUUAUUAAUAGCUAACUCAAAGCCAUAACUCCUAAUGCUAAUAAGACUGAAUGCUACAAACAUUCCUAUAGCAUUUACGAAGGAAAUUGUUAGACGUAAUAAUGAUACAUAUUGCCAUUGAAUGUGAUUGUUGUCUCAAAAUAUCGUACAAUAUUAGUAUUAUUAGAUAUUAUUUUUUUUUGUACUUAUAAUAUGGUGCCUAAUUUUCUAAUGAUAUUAUAGUUAGUUAAAUACAAAUAUCUAAUAUUUAUUAUUGUAAAUAUAAUUUAGCAUUCCACUUGCACAUGAUGUAAGUUGUGUAAAUCGCUAUUUUAUAUGGCUAUUCAUUGUCGGAAAUUUCUUCUAAAUAACCAAUAUACAACAAAAUAUUGUUAAUAUUCUCCAAAUAUUAUCUCUUUUAUAAAUACUAUUUGAUGUGAUCUUUUAAUUAAAAAUAGUAUCUACUAAAUAAACGAUUGAUAUUUA